CCUGAAAACUUUGAAACUGUCUUUUUGUCUGUCCUUUUAAUACCUUCUGAAUUCAAACCACUGAGACAACAAACAGAAAUUUUUUCAACAGACACACACUCCUCUAACUCAACUCCAUGCGUGCAAAUACAGCAUUGCCUUUUCUUUUCUUGUUCUCUCUCUCUCUCUCUCUCUCUCUCUCUCUCUCUCUCUCUCUCUCUAAAUCCUCUUUGAUUCUCUCUGCAAUCCACCCCUUACUUAAUAUUCUCCUCAUCAGCAGAUUCCCUCCUCGCCCACCCCACAACCCAUCUUUCUGCCUUUCUCUUCAUUGCUUUCCAAGCCAAGAAUCUCUUUGAUUCCUCUCUUCAUCUUUCUCUUUUUCAACCACUAUUAACUCUUCUCUCACGCCCCUUCUUCUCCAUCUCUCUGUCAUUUUCAUUUCCCUCAUCUUCUCUCUCACAACAUUGCUUUUUUCCUCCUUAUGGCUCCCUCUUCAGAUGUCAACCAUCUUUCUCAUCCAUGCAUAUACGGGGAUUAUAUUUCUCCUCGCUCAGAGAGAAAGUCUGGUUUCAUGAAAUGGCUCAGUAAACUUUUCAGAGGUGGGUCCAAUAGAGGAAGGGGUGGUCGUCAUCUGCAUGAGCCAGCAGAGGAAAGCAUAGUUUGGGGAGCUCCAUCAAGAGCGUUGGAUGAUCGUGCUAGAGCUCAGAAGGAGAAAGAAGAUCUAGGGCAUGCAAUGGCACUUUCUUCAGCCGAAGAUUUAAAGAGACCAAAUGCCCAUCAAGGAUAUAGUUGGGGAGAAGACACUGAAGAUGAUUACUCAAAGGCACCUAUGGAUACCCUUAGUUCAUCAGCACACCCUCCAUUUGCCCCUACACCAUUUUAUCCCCACGAAUAUAGUUUGUCAUUGAACAGAAGAAUAUGUGGUGGCUGCAACCAAGAGAUAAUGUAUGGAAAUUGUUUGGGGUGCAUGGAUACGUAUUUUCACCCAAAUUGCUUUCGCUGUCAUUCAUGUCGCUACCCCAUUACUGAGCGUGAGUUUUCCUUGUCAGGGAAGCAUCCAUAUCAUAAAUCCUGCUUUAAAGAAUUGACUCAUCCAAAAUGUGAAGUUUGCUUCCAAUUUAUUCCCAUAAAUGCAGCUGGCUUGAUUGAGUACAGAUGCCACCCCUUUUGGUCCCAAAAGUAUUGUCCAUCUCAUGAAUAUGAUAAUACAGCUCGUUGCUGUAGUUGUGAAAGAUUGGAGCCUCUGAACAUAAAAUACUAUAGACUAGAAGAUGGACGAAGCUUGUGUUUAGAGUGCAUGGAAUCUGCUAUAAUGGACACUGGUGAUUGCCAGCCUCUUUACCAUUCUAUCAGAGAUUACUAUGAAGGAAUGCAGAUGAGAAUAGAUCAACAAAUUCCCAUGCUUCUAGUUGAGAGAGAAGCACUUAAUGAAGCUAUUGUAGGAGAGAAAAAUGGUUUUCUACACUUACCAGAAACAAGGGGUUUGUGCCUCUCAGAGGAGCAGACUGUGACCAGUAUACAUAGAAGGCCAAGAAUUGGAGGCCAUCGACUGAUAGGGAUGAGAACUCAACCUCAAAAACUGAUUAGAAAAUGUGAAGUUACAGCAAUUCUUGUUCUAUAUGGUCUUCCUAGGUUACUCACUGGUGCUAUACUUGCCCAUGAGUUGAUGCAUGGCUGGCUACGCCUUAAAGGUUACCGAAACCUUAACCCUGAAGUAGAGGAAGGCAUUUGUCAGGUUCUUUCUUAUAUGUGGCUUGAGUCAGAAGUAAUGCCUAGCUUUCAAAGCAUGCCAUCAACAUCCACAGCUUCUGCUUCUUCUUCUUCCUCCUCCUCAAAGAAGGGUGCAAAGUCUCAUGUUGAAAAUAAAUUGGGUGAGUUUUUCAAGAACCAGAUUGCCAAUGAUUCUUCCCCUGCUUAUGGUGGUGGCUUUAGAGCUGCUAAUGAAGCUGUUAAUAAAUAUGGUUUGCGUAGAACACUUGACCAUAUUCAUUUGACUGGAUUUUUUCCAGUGUAACAAGAACGCAAGUUCUCAGUGUAUGGAUAUAAGUCUUUGUUUUUCAUUU